AUGGUCUAUGCGCUUCCGCGCAAGUCGCGAGCGCACAGUGAUCAGCUCGCGCAUUCACCUCCUGAUACGAGUCGGAGUGUAAAUGAUCUAAAAAACGUUCUCGACGCGUCCACUCAGCCCCACCGCUUCGGUCACGCUGACCACGGCGUGUCGUCAUCUACGCCGCAUCGUGCACGCCCCGCGGCAUUUUCGCAGACGGUGCGGCUGACGCCGAUGACACCGCGCCGAUCACUUCGACCUUACUCAGAACAAUCUGGGCAGCCUUGGUCGAAUACGAGCCGGCAAAGCGCGUCGGCUCAGUCACAUCGCGUCCCGGCCAUGUCCAUUUUGGAGGACGACGUGCCUACGGCAUCAUUUGCGCGCGAUUUUGUCGAAGCCCCAUCUCUAUCACGCGCCCCAUUUGUACCACAGCGACGACCUGCUGAUCAUCCCUCACAUCUAGCUCAGCGACCGGCAUCGCCCGCUAGCUCCACGGACGAUCCGCUCCUUUUACAUGAUCCCACCCUUACCAAUAUGUCCAUGCGUGCGGCUCAGGGCGAUGCUAGCUUACUCGCUAUGGUACGCAGAUUCGAACAAGAGGAUAUGGGUCUAACGGAGCCUGUGUCCAUGACACCCAAACGCCCUCUAUCGUCGCGACGCGAUAUUUCUACACCUCUGCGCAGGACACCCAAACCUGCCCCCAAACUCACGCCCAAACCUACUCCCAAGGCCACACCGAGCUUAUACGAUCGCACACUAGGAGUCAAGGAGCGUAUCGCUCUCAUCCGGUCGCCUGACAAGUCGAUGUCACAUGUGGAGCAGCAACAGGUCCAUUCACCAGAGCCAGAUCUUGACUUGCAGCCUGAACUAGAGUCUGAACUGGAGCCUGAAAGUAAAGUAGCAGCGGAACCAGAGCCUGAACUGGAGCCUGAACUGGAAUGGGUGCCCGAGCCCGAACGAGAGCCACAAAUGGAGCCAGAAAGGCCAGAGACUGAACGAGAGCCCGAACUAGAGCCGGUCAUGCACUCAGAACUGGACCUAGAGCCAGAGCCAGAGCCAGAGCCAGAGCCAGAGCCAGAGCUUGAACCAGGGCCGGAGCCAGAACUUGAACCAGACCUGGAGCCCGCAGAGGAGCCCGAGUCCGAGCCCGAAGCAGUCUUGGAGCCGAAAACCCAUGCUUCGCCUUCGCUGACGGGGCUAAACACGAAGAACGAAGCCCUUGCGGCACCUCCCACGCAUGCCAUGCCAGCUUAUGAUCCAUCCAUCUCCGACCAAGUAAACUCGUCGCGAUUUUCGCGAGAAAGCCACGCUUCUCGUGAGCCUGUAUUUAUCGAUUUUCUUCAUGCCAACGACGAACAUGUAAAUGUCUCCUCUCAGGAACCCGUGGACCAUGAUACGAGCUGGUUCGAGCGGCCAUCUCAAUCUGAGCCGCAAAGUUAUACCCCCCCGUCAAGACAUACACCCAUACCCGAAUGGCGUGCGUCACCCUCUGUGGAAGCAUCGACCCGCAAACAACUACGGCAAAAUCUUGGCACCCCGUCGGAAAAGUCUGUAAGGCAAGAGGCAUCUGUUCUACCGGCUCUUUCGCAUGAACCCAAGCGAUGGGGAGACGAUCCUGAAGAUGUGGACGAUUUGCCCGAUGAGGCCCUGGAAGCACUGGAUAUCCUAGAAGAAGAACUGCGUCGAAAGUCCCCCGAUCCCGUUCCACAGAGCCCCUUGCCGAACGACGUGUCGGUGCAUAGUGCGCGCAUUCGAUCACUUUCGCCAUCCAAGUCACCCCACCCAGCUAUGCGAGUCUCUGCGCAAGAUGUCUCAUCGGAUGAUACCCCUGAAGAGGAAGCACCCAUGGUCGUAUGGUCGCUGCCUUUACAAGCACCUGCUGCGCCAUCCACAGCUGCUGAGGAAGAUGCAUCGUUGGGUGACCUCAGCGCUAGUCUGUCAGCCUCAUCCCAUUCACGCGCCUUGAUGCUGUCUCGUACUCGUCCCACAUCCUGUGUGGAAAUAUCGAGCUUGGAUCCUGUCGCUGCCGCACGGGCAGCGGCCAUUCUUAAAGUACAUCACAAAUAUAUCCAGGAGGGAUGGCUCGGCGAUACAUCGUCCCUGCCGCACAUAAACAAUGACCUGGCCUCACUCUUUCAUGCUGCGGAGCUGGAUCUGCGCCAAUCUACGCACCCUACGCCCCGAGUCCCGGGUGCCUAUGCACCACGAGCUUCGUUGCCGCCUCAGCUCGACUCGCAUGCUCUACGACCCCAAGCACAAGCGGGUCACUGGUCUGAGUUUGCGUGGAUGGAGCUCGAUCGCCACUUACGUUCUUAUGUGCCCGAGGAGGCCAUGGACAAAGCUGCAGCUGUGCUAGACCUGGACAUCGAUCUGGUCAUUUUGCAAUUCCUUGAAGCACAGGGUCUCGAGCCAGACGAUCUGCACGGUGAUUGGACUCUGACACGCCUAUAUGCACGCGUGCCUGCUCUUCAGGCGCGAUAUGUGCGUGAAAUGGAGCAGGAUGUGACGGAAGAGAUGCAAGAAAAGUCAUUUCAGCUCCUAUCACAACGCAAGCGCACGCAUGAUGUAUUGUUGGACUCGCCGCAGUAUGUGCGCGGUUCUCACAGCACACCUGUGGUGCCGCCAUCACCUGCUAAGGCUGGAAAAAACGUUGCCCCUGAGUCCUCUGUAUUGUCACAGUCGAAUCACUCCUUCGUACCUACGGACGACGUGAUGAUUGAAGCGGGUCACGCCCCCAAGCGCAUGCGCACACAUGCACCGCGCCCCUCUAGCGUAAUGUCCAAGCUAUGGUCUUGGGUCUCUGGAUCGCCAUCGUCGCAGCAGCAGCCACUGCCGUCUGCAGCUGCACGACACCAUCGCCCUCCCGCGUCACGCCUCCCUCGACCCCGCCGGCGCCAGGCACGUCGAAGCGCCGCGCUGCGCCCCUCCGUUGUGACGUCGGCGACACACGAUGGCCCACGGGCUGAUUGGCUGCAGAACGAGGUUGAGGACGAAGCAAUGUCGGCCUCACUGCAUGCAUGA